AUGGGGUGUGAUUCAUUGUUUACUGACACUGGCAUACAGACAGAUAUGAGCCUCACAAGUAUCAAUGACAUUUUAUCAGAAAAUGAAGAGCUGAAGAAAAUAAUUGAUGAUAAAGAUACUUUAUUUAGAGACAUUUUCUUAGAAAAAGUUACUAAGAGUGACGAUUCAGUUAGAAAGUUUACAGGAUUACCAAGCUUAAAAAUCUUCAACACAAUUAAAGAUGCUGUAGUCAAUUUUGAUAUCAAUAUUAAGUAUUGGACAGGAAGUGAGAGUGAGACAGAGAAGCGUUAUCAAAAUCAGGGGAAAAAACCUGGGCCUAUCAGGAAACUUUCACGAUCAGAUGAAUUCAUUUUAACAUUGGUACGCUUAAGAUUAGCUCUGCCUGUCUUUGUCAUGUCACAACUUUUUGGGGUUUCAUCCAUCUUUACAAUAUGGAUGUUUUGCUUGUAUUAUAUUUUCAAAGACUGUAUCAUAUGGCCUUCUCGAGACAUUGUUAAAAAGUUCAUGCCAAAAUCCUUCAUACAGAGUUACCCUCGGACGAGGGCUAUUAUUGAUUGCUCUGAGAUAUUUAUUCAAAGGCCUAAAAAUCCAACUGUCAAUGCUAGGACUUACAGCACUUACAAAUCUCAUAAUACUUUUAAAUUUCUUGUAAGCAUCACUCCUAAUGGUGCAUUCAAUUUUAUUUCUGAAAUCUGGGGUGGCAAUUCCUCUGAUAGGUACAUAACUGAGCAUAGUGGAUUUUUAGACCUUUUAUCUGCUGGUGAUGAAAUAAUGGCGGAUAGAGGGUUCACAAUUAGAGACCUCCUUACAGAGCGAAAAGCAUAUUUAACUAUUCCACCAUUUUCACGCAAAUGUAACUGGGGAAAGGGGAAGUAUCUGUGUGCCAGCGACAUUAAAAAAACAAGGAAAAUAGCAAAUCUCAGAAUUUGA